AUGAAGUCUGUAGUAUGCAUUGUUCUCGUUUGUAGCCUUGUUUCAAUGGCUUGUGCAACUCCAGGCACAGCCACUUUCUACCAGCAAUAUACUCCAUCUGCAUGUUAUGGUAAUACACCUGAGGGAGUGAUGAUAGCUGCAGCAAGUGAUCCCUUAUGGAACAAUGGAGCAAUUUGUGGAAAAAUGUUCACCGUUAAGUGCACGGGUGCCACCAACCCAGUCCCUCAUCCUUGCUAUGAUGGUAAAGAAGUGACCGUUAAAAUCGUCGAUCACUGUCCCGGGUGUGGCGGAACCCUAGAUCUCUCCAAAGAAGCCUUCGCAGCCAUCGCUAAUCCCCUUGCUGGAGUUAUCAAAAUUGAGUACUGGAAAGAGCAUUAUUAUGUUUUUACAGUUGAGAAUUUGGCGAUGUCAAAGAGUUAA